GUGCGGUCGGUCGUUUCAUCUGGCUUUUUCCGGCUGCCAGGAUACACGCAGGGCGAUGUCGGUUAAAUCCAGCUACGCAGUAACUCCAUAACAAUUUAACUUUGAUUCGAAUACUCGUAUUACGAAUCUCUUCGUUAAUGGGUAGGGAGAAAGAGGUGGACAUCAUACCACGUUUAUAUAUAACCGUAACGUUUUCUAGAACGUCAACUUUGGCGUCCUAUCUGAACAAGAGAUGUGCUUUGGAUGUAUUCCAAAAUAUACAUCAUACGUGUGGAAAGUUUGUAUAUAAUAAAUUUACCAUUCAAGUGAAGUGAAUCGUGUGUGACGGUGUUUCGCUUAUAAGAAAAAAUUCAAUUAAACCGUCCUGAGGAUGACCCGGAAUUAGGGUCGAAACGUUCAUGCAAACUAUAUUGUUGUUUUGAUGACCUACAUAUCGAAGAUCCUUCUUAUAUAAACUUAUCAGAAUGCGGCUGCUCAUCGCAUUUUGCAUCCUGGGACUCAGCUGGCUCACUGUAGUUAAAACUGAACCUGAUAAAAUAGUCUGCUACUUUGGAAGUUGGGCGGUUUACCGUCCUGGAAAUGGAAAAAUCGAGAUAUCGAACCUGGACCCGAGCCUCUGCACCCACAUGAUUUACACGUUCGUUGGAAUCACAGAAGCGGGCGAAGUCAAGGUGUUGGAUCCGUGGGCCGACUUACCCGACAACGGGGGCAAAGCUGGCUUCCAGAAAUUCAACGCCCUGCGGGAGCGGCAUCAAGGAAUGAAAACUCUCGUGGCAAUCGGGGGUUGGAACGAAGGCUCUGAGAAGUAUUCCAGAGUCGCUGGGAAGCCGGCUCUAAGGUCACAUUUUGCUGACAACGCGGUAAAUUUUGUACUCAAAUACGGAUUCGACGGCCUCGACAUCGACUGGGAAUAUCCAAAUCAGCGAGGUGGCACCCCGGCGGACGUCAGAAACUUUGUUCUCCUCUUGAAGGAACUUCGGGCUCGGUUUGACGAGCACCAUCUUAUCUUGACCGCGGCUGUUGCCGCAGCCAAAAUCUCUGCCGGCUUAUCAUACGACAUUCCGACAAUCUCGAAGUACCUUCACUUCAUCAACAUCAUGACCUACGACUUUCAUGGUUCCUGGGAUCCCGUCACUGGUCACAAUGCUCCUCUCUAUCCAGCAACGCGAGAGACGACAGCAACUGCUCGAGGUCUUAACGUCAAUGCAUCGGUGCAUUACUGGCUCAGCCAGGGCGCACCAGCCGAAAAACUUGUCCUGGGAACAGCUCUUUACGGGAGGACCUUCACUCUUUCGAAUUUCGCCAAAAACGUGCCUGGAUCUGAGGCUUCUGGGCCUGGCACAGCAGGUCCGUAUACCAGGCAACGCGGAAUGCUGGGAUACAACGAGAUCUGCGAACAAGAGGUAAAGCCCACGUGGACUACAGCUUGGGACGAGCAGCAGCGGGUGCCUUAUGCCCACAACGGCAAUCAGUGGGUCAGCUACGACAACGUUAAGAGUAUCACGGAAAAGGCAAAAUACGCCAAAAAGAUGAGGCUCGGAGGCGCCAUGGUUUGGAGCAUUGAAACCGACGAUUUUCGGGGCAUCUGCGGAGACAAGUAUCCUCUUCUCAACGCUCUGAACCACGUGCUUCGAGUUUGAUCUCCCGUGCCAAGAAUACCAGCGAUUCUAAUUUAAAGUACUAACUUUAUGUACAGGCUCUGAAUAAAUUAAGUCCGAGUCUCGAUUA